AUGGUUGCAAAGCCAAAGAAACGACUGGCGUCGGGCGAAGGAAACUUGAGUCGAUCUCCCUCCGCAAAACUCGCAAGCCCCAAAGGACACCGCAAACAACCCAAACCACGAGCCCUACAGUCUCAGCAGCAUUCUCUACCCCAAGCGCUGAUUGACCCAAGAGACCACGAAGGAGAAGAAGAAGAACAGCAGCAAUCAAAUCCAUCUAGUCCAUCAAACAAUCAUAUCAUCCCAGAUCAAAGGCCAUCUCUAUCCACUGGUCGAGAGGAACACGACGCUGAGGAAAAUCAGGAGGAGGAAAGUCAGGAAAUGAUCAAAGAACGAGAAGCCAGAGAAAGAAUAUUCGAUGAAUUCAAAGACGAAUACGUUGACAUUAUUGACCAAAUUCCACUCGACCUCAAUCGGAAAUACAGUUGCAUCACCGAACUCGAAGAAUCACUUGAAGAAUGUAGACGAGAGCUGCAUGAAGACUUGAUAGCAUAUACCAACUUUGCCAAAGAGAUACAGUCAACAUCAGGCCCCGAACCGAUGACUGGCGGGCCAGCGGUCGAGGCGCCGGACGACAUUGCCAAUAGACUGCGGGCCUUGGCACAACCGGCGCUCUGGGGAGUUGUCCCAAUCCCCCCGAUAAGCUCGAGUACAUCGUCGACCCUGCCCGAACAUCUGAAAACCUUACUGAUCGAGAUCUCCGGAAAGAUCACUCGUAUACAAGAGCUCUCCCAUGACAAACUCAAUCUGGCCGAGUCGGUCUAUCUGGCUUUAGACCGGCAACUCAAACGGCUUGAUGCUGAUCUCGAGACCUAUCAGGACUUAGAGGACCAAGACGCUCAGACUGAACGUCACCACCGCGAGGCCGUCAAUGAUAAUACCGAGAGGGAUGAUCAAUCGAACGAGCACCUGAAACAGCCGCAUCCCGACCAGACUUCUCUACGCGAGCUACAAGCUGAGCAGACUCCCCGGGAGCCCCAGUUGACACCCCGGAAAUCGCCAAGUCGGAACCGCUCGCUGCCCGCCACCCCUGCCUCAACCCGUCGCAACCGCCAAACGCGCCUCGCCGAGGAGACUGAGGAACUGCCAGUCGAGCCCUCAGGAUCGUUCAACUCUGCAGACAAUCAGAUGCUCUAUUGUUAUUGUCAACAGGUCGCUUUUGGUGAUAUGCUUGGCUGCGAUAAUCCAAAUUGCCAGGGCGGUCAAUGGUUUCAUUUGGAGUGUGCGGGGUUGGCUGAAUUACCUAAAGAGAGUGAUACAACUGAAUGGUUCUGUCAUCGUUGUCUUGCCGAAUCAUCUCCUUCCAAACACCCCCCUUCUUCUGCUUCCAAUCUCGGCAAAAAGAAAAAGAAGAAAACCGGUCGCAGGAAUUGA